AUGGCUACCGUCACGCAAACACUGCCAACCACGGCGGUCGACCUUCAGACUCUGGGACAGAAUAUAGAAAGACACCGGAACCCCAACUCCUCUGCUCCGGAGCUCGAGGCAGAUGAAGUGAUGCGGCAGUCCCUGAUCGCGGACUCCCAAGUCCCCGAAGGAGGCUACGGCUGGAUCCUCAUUUGCGCAUGUGCCGUCGUGACGUGGUGGUUCGUGGGCGCCUCAUACACUUGGGGUGUGAUGCAGGCUGCGCUCGUGGAGAACAAGGGCUAUUCGUCCUCGACAUUGGCCUUUGUUGGAUCGCUCUGUCCCGCCUGCAUCUCUCUCCUCGCUGUCCCCAAUGCGAGGGUCAUCCGUCUCAUCGGGGCCCGAGUAACUGCCCUACUGGGCAUUUUCCUCCUCGGUCUCGGCAGUAUCCUGAGCGGGUUCGUGACAGACAACAUUGCCGGCCUAUUCAUGACGUGGGGCUUUGUCGGUGGACUUGGGACGAGCUUGUGCUUUAUGGUUGUCUCCGUCCUCCCAGCACAAUACUUCAAAGCCAAGCGCGGUAUCGCAAAUGGGAUUGUUUAUGCCGGCGGCGGCCUCGGAGGCACGGUGAUCAGUUUCAUCCUGGACGCCCUUCUCCAAAGCGUCGGGAUAGCAUGGACCUUCCGAAUCCUCGGCUUCAUGAUCAUGGGCACGGGGCUGCCAGCCGCCUGGCUAAUCAAAGAACGUGCACCCAUCAACCCAACCAAGAUGGUCGAAUGGAGUCUCUUCAAAGACCUGCGCUUCGCAGUUCUCUUCGCGGUCGGCGUUAUCGGUACAUUUCCUCUCUUCGUGCCGGCUUUCUUUCUGCCGCUGUAUACCAACUCGCUUGGCCUGCCCUCUAGUGCGGGAGCCGGUCUAGUGGCUGCGUUUAAUUUCUGUUCUGCCAUUGGCAGACUUUCGUGUGGGUUUGCGUGUGAUCGAUUGGGCUCCCUAAAUACGCUUUUCCUGUCGCUAUUGCUUAGUGCGCUGAGUAUCUUUGUGCUGUGGCCGGUAUCUAGUUCCAUUGGCCCCCUUAUUGUGUUCGUGGUAAUCAAUGGCACCGCGAAUGGCGGCUUCUUUUCCACUAUGCCCACUGUCGUGGGUAAUGUAUUUGGUUCGGCGAGGAUGCCUGUUGCUGUCGGUAUGAUUGUUAGCGGGUGGCUGGGCGGGUAUCUACUUGGUGCCCCGAUUGCCGGUUACAUUCUGAAUGCUUCAGGUGGCCAAGAGGGUGGGAUUGGUGCUUAUCGGCCGGCUAUCUUCUACGCAGGUUCUAUGGCUACGGUUGCGACAUUUUUGGCGGCGGUUGUGCGGAUGAAAGUUGAUCGGAGGAUUAAGAAGACAGUUUGA